UGAACCUGUCAGUGACGCAAGCUGGAGGACUGGAAAUCCCACAAUGCAACGCGGUCCUGAAUCUCUUGAUCUACACAUGGCCAGUUCAUGCUAAUUUUUUUCCUUGUUUAGCUUAAACCUGGUUGCGUAUUACCUUACCAAGUGUGUAUACAUUUUUCAUUUUACUGCCAAAUGAAAGUUAAAGUCCUCUCGAGGAACCCGGAUGAAUAUGUUCGGGAGACCAAACUUGAUAUUCAGCGUGUUCCUAGAAACUAUGACCCAACACUUCAUCCGUUUGAGAUGUGCAGGGAAUACACACGGGCUCUGAAUGCCACCAAGCUUGACAGGGUGUUUGCCAAGCCUUUCCUGGCAUCUCUGGAUGGACACCGAGAUGGGGUGAACUGCAUGGCCAAGCACGCCACGAGCCUCUCCACCCUGCUCUCUGGCUCCUGCGAUGGGGAGGUCAAAGUGUGGAAUCUGACUAAACAUAACUGUGUCCGCACACUCCAAGCACAUGAAGGCUUUGUCCGGGGAAUGGUUGUCCGCUACUGUGGAACGUCCUUUUUUACGGUUGGUGAUGACAAAACAAUCAAGCAGUGGAAAAUGGAGGCACCAGGUUACGGAGAGGACGAGGAGCCAGUCAACACUAUUCUAGGCAAGACAGUCUUCACAGGACUGGACCAUCACCUGAAGGAUGCUGUGUUUGCAACAUGUGGCCAGCAGGUGGACAUCUGGGAUGAGCAGAGGAGCAGUCCAAUCCGCUCUUUCACAUGGGGUGUAGACAGCUUCAGCUCCGUCCACUUCAACCCUGUGGAGACUGAACUUCUUGCAAGCUGUGCCUCUGACAGAAGUAUAGUACUAUAUGACAUGAGAGAAUCGGCACCACUUAAAAAGGUUAUUAUGACUAUGAGGAGCAACACAUUGUGCUGGAACCCGAUGGAAGCCUAUCACUUCACAUGUUCAAAUGAGGACUACAACCUGUACACCUAUGACAUGAGGUACCUGGACCGGCCGAUCACAGUGCACAUGGACCAUGUCUCUGCAGUGCUGGAUGUUGACUAUUCUCCCACUGGGAAGGAGUUUGUAUCUGCUAGUUUUGACAAAACCAUCCGCAUCUUCCCCAAGGACGGUGGUCACAGCAGGGAAGUCUACCACACCAAACGUAUGCAGCAUGUCAUCUGCGUCAAAUGGUCAGCAGACAACAAAUACAUCCUGAGCGGUUCUGAUGAAAUGAAUAUCCGACUAUGGAAGGCCAACGCAGCUGAGAAACUCGGAGUGCUGGCCCCGAGAGAGAGGGAAGCCAUCAACUACAGUCAGAAGCUGAAGGAGAAGUACCAGCACCACCCGCAGAUCAGACGCAUCGCUCGUCACCGACAUCUACCGAAGAACAUCCACCACCAGAGGGAGGAGCUGAGGGUUAUGAAAGAGGCUCGCCGUAGGAAGGAGAGGAACGUCCGCAAGCACAGCAAACCAGGAACUGUUCCUGUGGUGUCUGAGAAGGACAAACAUGUUGUCACUGUGGUUAAAUAGACACAGCCAGAGAAAAGGACAGAAGACAGAGGUUGCUGUCAUCAAGAUUUGAGGUGGACAUGGGACACAAUCAAACUGCUCUAACUUAAGGAUGUAGACAAAACAGUCUGGAUUUCUCAGCUGUUGGGAAGGACAGUAGUUAGAAAGUUAGCAUUUUUCAUCACAGGAUCCACUGCCAAUAUAAUGAAUGAAUUAAAUCAAGAUCAGAGUCAAUUAAUCCAGUGUAAUGUGGCUUGGCACAUAGUUACCUGCCACUUAAUGUUCUUAGCGUUUCAGUUUCUAUUUUUCCCCCAUUAAUAAAGUUUAACCAAGGAAUGUGCUACAGUUGAUUAUUAAAACUACAAAGGAUUCAGUUCUGUUCUGUGACAAAUCAAAAGUCUGUCCAUCAUAGCCUCAUCCUGGCCGCAUCCAUGACCACCCUGUAAGAAGUCUGCAUCUUUUGCAUGUCUUUUGUACUUUCACUGGGGCAAACCGUGUGCGUGGGGCUGAUGGUGCACCCAUUGGGAGAGUCUCUUGUGGUGCUGCUCACAGUGGGACACAUGAAAACUGAUGGAAGCAGCUGUGACAGAAGAGAGCAUGAGAGUGAAGUUCAAACCCUUGUGUACUUUCUACUACACACCUGGUCCCAUAAUGUGUUAUACAUUUACUUACUUACUUAUUUUUCCCUUUUCUCCUUAUGCUGUGAUAUUGUAAGUUUACUUUUAGCCCGUGUGCUGGACAUUAAACCCUCAGGUUGGUUAAAAAAAAAAAAG